AUGGCGCCGUCAGCCGCCCACACGACAGACAACAUAGCAACGCCCAUCGAUCUCAAGUCGAUCCCUCCGUUCUGGCAAAGGAAGAAUGGAAUCCUUCUGUACUUUUUGCUCACGUCUUCGCUCGUGACGAGCGCUGCGCUUGGCAUCGACGGGUCCAUGACGAAUGGCAUGCAAGCGUUGCCCGCCUGGCAAGAGCGCUUCGGCCAUCCCACGGGCUCCAAGCUCGGCUUCUUCGGCGCUUCGAACGCGAUCGGUGGCGUCGUUCCGCUCCUCACCUUGGGCUGGGUAGGCGACAGGUUUGGGCGGCGUGUUCCCACGGCCCUCGGCUCCCUGGUCAUCAUCAUUGGCGUCUUUGUCGAGUUCUUCGCAACCUCCCUGGACAUGUAUAUUGGCGGCAAGAUGAUCCUAGGCUUCGGCAGCGGCCUGGUCCAGAUGACUGCUGCCGUCCUCGUCACCGAGUUGAGCCACCCCAAGGAGCGGGUCCAGGUCACCACCUUCUACAACACGUCCAUUGUGCUGGGCUAUGUCGUCGGCGCUUGGGCAACGUAUGGCUGUUUCCGGAUCCCGGGCCAGUGGUCCUGGAGGCUGCCCACGCUCGUCCAAAUCCUGCCCUCGGCCUACCAGCUCGCCCUCAUCUUCUUCUCCCCAGAGUCCCCGCGAUGGCUGGUCGCCAAGCGCAAGCUUGACCAAGCCCGCCGGAUCCUCGUCAAGUACCACGGCGAAGGCGAUGCCCUAUCACCCGUCGUGGCGUUCGAGUAUGCCGAGAUCCAGCAAGUCAUUGCCAAGGAGGCCGAGCAGAACAUGACAUGGGGUGGAUUCUUCUCGUCAGUGCCCAACCUGAAACGAAUCGGUCUCUGCUUCGCAACUGCCCUCUUCAGUCAAAGCUCCGGCAACUUGCUCGUGUCCAACUAUCUCACCCAGAUCCUUAAAGACACCGGGGUCAACAACCACAAGGACAUCACUCUGGUCAACGCCAUGCUGACAUUGUGGCAGUAUAUCGUCGCCCUCACCGUCGCCGCCAUCGUCGACAGGUUCGAGAGGCGCACUUUUUUCCUCGUGGGCUCCGGCGGCGUCGUUGCCGCCUUCGUUGCUUGGACCAUUGCUGCGCAGCAGUAUCUGGAGCAGAAUUCGCUGCCCGCUGGUCGGCUUGUCCUCGUGUGCAUCUUCGUCUUCCAAGCAUUCUACACGUUUGCAUGGACAAACCUGGUUGUCACAUAUUCCCUCGAGGUCGUCACCUACCAGAUGCGUGCCAAGACUUGGGCUUUUGUCUUGCUCACCAUUCAGGUUGCUUCUAUAUUUGGAAACUAUGUCAAUCCAAUCGCGCUGCAAACCAUUGGAUGGAAAAUAUACAUAUACUACUGCAUCUGGGUAACCAUCAUCUUCAUCACCGUCUACUUCUUUUUCGUUGAGACUGCGGGGCCGACUCUUGAGGAGUUGACCUUCUUAUUUGACAAGGAGGAUGCCAGGAUGCGCGUCGUGCAGGUGGCCAAGGGAAUUGAGGAUGCUCACAUGCAUGUGGAUGAGAAGAUGGAGCAGAAGCCGGUAUAG